AUGAAGAAUAAGUUCCCGAUCCUGCACAUUAAUGACUUGUUCGAUAGACUUGGGAAAGGCAAGUACUUUACCAAGGUGGAUCUUCGCAAGGGCUACUACCAGGUUCGCAUUGCAGAAGGGGAUGAGCCGAAGGCAGAAUGUGUGACGAGAUAUGGAGCCUUUGAAUGUUUGGUGAUGCCUUUCGGCUUAAUCAAUGCACCGGCCACAUUUUGCACCUUUAUGAAAAAGAUUUUCCAUCCCUAUCUUGAUCAGUCCGUGGUGGAGAACGAGCUAUACAUCAAGAGAGCGAAAUGCGAGUUUGCACAAUCAAAGGUGCACUUCUUAUGCCACGUCAUUAGCAAUGGCGAGCUACGGAUGGACGAGGCUAAGGUACGUGCUAUCCAGGAGCUGGAGGCACCUAUAAAGGUAACUGAGUUGGGAUCUUUCCUUGGCCUUGUUAACUACUAUCGUCGGUUCAUCAGUGGCUACUCAGCAAAGGCCGCACCAUUGACUGAGUUGCUAUAG